UAUCUGUCUGUAGCGGCUCGCACGGACUGUCACUCGUACCAUGUGACUCGUCGUGUCACUCCCAGUGCUACAAUGUAACAAGCGGCCGCGCGCGGCUCACGGUGCUGCUCUUCUGGGGGGGGGGCUCUGUCACUCUGCAGGGAUCAACCUGAGGAGCGAAACUUUCUUGGACAGCCGUGUGUUCGCAAUGACUUUUCAUUUCUGACUUUUUCAUUUGCUGGACGUAAUUUACUACUCCUGUUCCUAAAUAAAUACAUAAUCUCCUCUACACGGCACGCGCGGACUGAGCGCGACAAGAAGGUAAUAAGAAAAAGAAAAAGGGAAAUAGAGACUCGAUCUGGAUUGUUAAAAGGCACUGGAGAAGGACGCCCGCGACAUGGACCCCGCGAAGCCGCGGCUGGUUUGGUUGCCUUGGAAACAGACUGUGCUCCCCUUGUGUCUGUGGCUUGUGUUGGGUGGGUCCGGAGGGCGUGCGGAGGAUGACGACAACUUCAAUGCAGAGUCAUGGCUCAGGAUGUAUGGUUACCUGCCCCAGGACAGCAGGAAGAUGUCUACAAUGCGCUCUACAGAGAUCCUCUCUGCUGCCAUCAGUGAAAUGCAGCGUUUCUACGGUCUGACCGUAACCGGAGUUCUGGACGGGGCCACACAGGAGGCUAUGAAGAGGCCCCGUUGCGGGGUCCCCGACAAGUUCGGUGGUCAGAUCAAAACAAAUGUUAGGCGGAAACGCUACGCACUGACAGGUCACCGGUGGAACAAAGAAUAUCUGACCUUCAGCAUCCAAAACUACACGCCCAAGGUGGGGCAGUACAACUCGUAUGAGGCAGUGCGUAAGGCCUUCAGCGUGUGGGAGAGCGCCACCCCUUUGCACUUUGAGGAGGUCCCCUACCAUGAGGUCAAGUACAACCGGCGCAAAGAACCCGACAUCAUGGUCUUCUUUGCUUCGGGUUUCCAUGGAGACAGCUCACCCUUUGACGGUACUGGCGGCUUCCUGGCCCAUGCAUACUUCCCCGGCCCCGGCAUGGGCGGGGACACACACUUCGACUCGGAUGAACCCUGGACGCUGGGAACCUAUGACCUCACAGGGAACGACCUGUUCCUGGUGGCCGUGCACGAGCUGGGUCAUGCCCUGGGCCUGGAGCACUCCAACAACCCCAUGGCUAUCAUGGCGCCCUUCUACCAGUGGAUGGAUACGGAUAGCUUCCAGUUGCCGGAGGAUGACCUGCGCGGCAUACAGCAAAUUUACGGGUCCCCAGGCAGGAGCCCCACCAAGGCCCUGCCCACUGUCACUCCCCGCCAGCCCAACCCGCCCCCACGGAGGCCUGACAGCCCCCGUGCCACAGAGCAACCUGACCACUAUGGCCCCAACAUCUGUGAGGGCAAUUUUGACACCGUCACCAUGCUCCGUGGAGAGAUGUUCGUGUUCAAGGGCAACUGGUUCUGGAGGGUCCGGCAGAACCGGGUCCUGGACAACUACCCCAUGCCCAUUGGGCACUUUUGGAGGGGGCUGCCUGGCGACAUUGAUGCAGUGUAUGAACGGAACGAUGGUCGUUUUGUUUUCUUCAAAGGGAGUAAGUACUGGGUUUUCCGGGAGGCGUACCUGGAGCCCGGUUACCCCCAGGAGCUUAUUUACUAUGGCCAAGGCAUCCCCUAUGAUAGGAUUGAGACCGCCAUCUGGUGGGAGCCGUCAGGUUUCACAUUCUUCUUCCAAGGAGACAGAUACUGGCGCUUCAACGAGGAGUCACGCACUGUGGACAGGGACUACCCCAAGCCCGUUAGCAUCUGGGGCGGAAUCCCCCCCUCCCCCAGGGGCGCGUUCCUCAGCAAUGAUGGAGCAUUCACCUUCUUCUACAAAGGCACCAAGUACUGGAAGCUGGACAACCUGCGCAUGAAGAGUGAACCGGGGUACCCCAAGUCCAUCCUGCGAGACUUCAUGGGCUGCUCUACAGACCCCAACCUGGACAAGGAAACAGAGCGCGAUGGUGGCCGCAAGUGGCCCAAGGUGAACCAGACGCCCUUUGACCCCAAUGCAAGGCAUGAUGAGGGUGGCAAUGGCACCGUUGAAGGGGACAGUGAGGACGGGGGAGACCGGGACGUGGACGUAGUGGUCAAAGUGGACGAUGGCAGGACGAGUGCAAUGGAUGUUGUCAUGGUGACGGUACCACUCUUCCUGGUGCUGUGCAUCCUGCUGCUCAUCUACGCCAUCAUCAACACGCUUCAGCGUAAGGGAUCCCCCAGGAUGCUCGUCCACUGUAGGCGAUCCCUCCAGAACUGGGUCUGACCUCUAACCUUUGGCUUACUGCUCUUCUCUUCCACUUGAGCAUUUCGCCCAAACGUGCACAGGCACAUAUGACACAUGGAUGCACUAUCUCUCUCUCUCUCUCACACACACACACACACACACACACACACACAC